AUACACGAACAUCCCAGCCACUACUUUUCCAGUGGGACAUGUCCCUUGAGCCCUGCCCAGGUGCCCAGGGCCGUGUCACAGGAAGCCGUGUGAGAGUCAGCCCAGGCGGGCGAAUCGCUGCUCGCGGUCCCUCCCGGGAUGGCCAGAGGCUCCGCGAGCCACAAGCCAGCGCGGAGAUGCUGCUCCCGUCCAUCCAUCCCUUCCUCUGGCUCCUCCUGCUGCUCCCAGGUCCUACAGCUUCCACAAACUCCUCCAGCCCUGCUGGAACAGGUCAAUCCCAACCAAUAGAACACAGCCCUGAAGUGAAGAACCACAGCUCAGAGCCGUCAGUAAAAUCAACACCAGUGACCAUCCUGAACCUCACCUCUGUGGGUCAAACCACUACACCCAAACCUUCCCCCAUCACUACAACAACCCUGACAGCAACCACUGAGCGAGAUGAUAAGCCCAGCGGAAACAGAAGCACGGCAGCUCCUUCUCCAACACCUCAAGGUCAGGAUCCCGUGAGGAACGAGAGCACCACGACAUCAGUGACUCAAGGUGCUUCCUCCUUGCAGAGAGGCACCUCAGAGCCUGUCACCCCAACACCAAACCCCUCCAGCCACUUACCCCAGCCCAGCCCGACAGACGAGAAAUCACCGCUGACAGUGGCAGCUUUUGGUGUCAUCAGCUUCGUCAUUAUCCUGAUAGUGGUGGUCAUCAUCCUGGUCAGCGUGGUCAGCCUGAGGUUCAAGUGCAACCACUCCAAGGACCCGGAAGACAAACAGAAACCAGGAACCUCCAUGGUGUCAGAGAGCUGCUCGGCAGACACGAGCCAGAAGGGGAACAGCAUCACUCUGAUCUCCAUGAAGAACAUCAACACCAACAACAGCAUGAGCUACCCCCCGUCAGAAAAGGUGCUAUGAAGCCAAGAGCCCGGAGCUUGAAGCUGACACGUGACAACCAGCAGUGGCUUUCUAGGUUCUUUAUUUUUUUCCUUCGGGGAAAGAGCAAGGGUGGACUUUAUAUAUAAAUUAUUAUGUCCUUUCUGAUCAGUACAUUUACAGUAGUGUCCUACAUAGCUUCCCCACCUGGGGCCUAAGGGCUUUCUCCAGUUACAGCCUGCCACGCUCGGUGGUUGAUAUCUAACUCUAUUUUUGAUAUGCCUUCAAACACUCAGAUAAUUCCAGCAGCAAGAAGCACCAAGGCACCAUCUACUCCGCUAAUAAACCGCUGCCUUACAUUAAUGGCCUUUAUAGUCUGUGCCAGGCAGUCACGGGCUUGUUAAUCAGCGUAGCCCCACGUCGAGCCAGACCCGUGUGUUGGGAAAGCCUGAUCUGAAGCUGAAGGCCUGAUGGGACUUAAAUGCCCAAGUUCUAGGUCAAAUCCCAGCAUGACUGCUCCAAGCCCCUUAUCCCCGGUGCCCUCAUUGUCCCCACAGCAGUGGGAUGGUCACAUCCACCUACCUCACAGGGUUGUUGUGAGGCCUUGUUAAUCCGUGUCUGUAAAGCGUUCGGAGAGCCGUGAAUUAAAGGCGCUGCUGAAAUGCAAA